AUGUCCGACAGAAAGGCAGUGAUUAAAAAUGCAGACAUGUCGGAGGACAUGCAGCAGGACGCCGUGGAGUGUGCCACACAGGCCUUGGAGAAGUACAACAUCGAGAAAGACAUUGCGGCGUAUAUCAAAAAGGAGUUCGACAAGAAAUACAACCCGACUUGGCACUGCAUUGUCGGGAGGAACUUUGGCAGCUACGUGAGUCACGAAACCCAGCAUUUCAUUUACUUCUACCUGGGUCAGGUGGCCAUCCUGCUGUUCAAGUCCGGCUGA